AAGGUUUGUAUUAAAGUGAAAGAUGCAUAUAGUUACAAUAUCGUAAAGAUAAAAUAUGUUGAAAUCUUAGUAAAAAAAAGUCACUGAACUUGCAUAUAUCAACUGAAUUCUAUUAGAUUAAUGCAACAUGCUCCAAAUGGUUCGUUUUUAAUGCAUAAAAAAAUUUUUUAAAAUAAGGUCUUAUAUUGCGAACAAAUUUGUUUCAGAAAGCGAUUCACUUUUAUGUAUCAAGUUUUUCGAUCUAUCUAUGCAGUAUUUCAUUUAAUCAUGUUCCUAUCUAAUGGCAUCUAAAUAUUUAUCUCUAUCAUGACAGCUUAGAGCUGAACUGACUAAAAUUUGAUGAAUGUUGGUUGUAUUUUGCGCUGUUAAUAAAAAAAUUAGUUAACACUGUUUUAAGGUAAAAAUGUUGCUAUUUUUAGAACCGUUUCUUUUACGUCGGAUCUAUACUAUUGAUGAAAAAGUAAUGGUGUUCAAUUAUUUAAAGAUUGUAGUAGGCGGACUGAAAUAUUAAUAAUACUGACACCUUAUGUUAAAAAUAAAAAGAAUGAAAAAAGAAAUUUGACGUGCAUAUUUAUAAAUGAAUAGCAUGGUUAUUUCAAAUGAAGAUCUAAUUUACUCAAUCGACUGGCUUAUACAUAAAGAAAGAUUCACAUUCUGAAUAUAUUUCAGAUCUAAAUAACUGAUUCCUAAAAUUCAUAAGUUGGUCGGUAGAAUAGAUUUCAAUCUUGUGAAAAGUCGAAUUACUCAUGUCAAAAUACAAAUGAUGUAAGAUUUAAUAGGCUUCUGUUUGUGAAAAAAAAUUUUACUAUAGCAAUACAAUCGCAUCAGAUUUUCAAAGAGCUACACAUAUCAUGAUAAGUCAGUGGAUUUCGGAGAAGCAAUCAACUCAACAACAAACAUUAUGACUUAUUCAUAUCAAAUUUCCAGAUUCGUAAAAAUUCAAUAUGGGGUGUUUGCUCUCGCAAACAAAUAUUUUCUGCAUUGAAAAAGUGCAACAUAUGAUUGGAGAUAUAGUAAAUAAGGCAUAAUAUCGCACUAUAGAUUGAUGCGAACAACAUAUCCAUCAUAAAGAAUGAAAAAUAAGUGGAAAAUAUUGCAUGAAAUCUAAAAAACGAUCUUUUUUAAGAAAGCAGCAAUUUAACCUAAUAUUGGAAUGGGUGCUAUGUAUUUUGUUUUUCUAGGAAACAAAUAUUUCAGAAAGAAAUGUCGAAAAAUUACUUACUUCUCGAAUGAAGCUGAGAACUUUAUUGAUGAAACAAUAACUGGCUGAGAAACGACAUUUGAUUUUCUAUUGCCGAAAAUAGGAACAUUUUUGGAAAGGCUACUAUGAAAAACAAAACUAGAUAAGCAUUCAAGAUCAUACUUGAUUACGUAUAUAUAGAAAUAAAUGGCAAAUGUAUAACGCCUGCCAAGAUUGAAAAAUCGGCCGUAGGACCUUGUAAGAGCAUGUGAGGUCUCACAAAAAAUCGUAGUUUCAGAAACCUUACACUAACUCGUGAUAUAUAUACCCUUGAAGGAUCUCAUUGCAUAAGAUUUUCUAUAAUUUUAUAUUGAAAUCAUAGAAAACUUCAAGAUCUUUCAGAAAUCUUAUUGUAGAAAUUGAUGUUAAAUCUCUGAAACUAUGAUAUUCUGUACGAUUUUCGUCUGAUCCUACAAGAUUAGUGACGGAUUUUUGUUAGAUCUUAAUGUUUGAUUGUUUGCCCUGAUUGGUAUUUAUAAAGAAUUAUUCUAAUCAAGUAUUCGUCGGUUCUUCUGUAACAAAGUCUUAGCUAUAUCUUUUGAGAGAAAUAUUUUAGCUUUGCGUCCAAAUGCACUUAACCAUUGAUUUUAAUUUUAAUUGUGUUCUGAAACGAAGUGUUUGGUUUUUACGAUUCCUUACGAAACUGUUUACGAUAUAUCAUCCAUCAUAAACGAGUAUAUCAAGUUAAAUAUUCAAUGAAGACCACAUUGAAAGAUAAAUGCCCUACGGAAAGAAAAUUCAACAAAAAAAGGAAUGUUGAAAAUAUUUAAGUCAAAGGAUAAUUAUAUUUGUGCUUCAUUUGUCAGUUGCUGUUAAUUUGAAUAAUUUAUGACAGAUUCAAAAGCGCAGUGAUCUAACCAGUAUUGAGGACAUAUUUGGACUUUUAAAAUUCAAUAAGGUAUCAGCCCAGAUGUUUAAGAAGAAAAAAAUCAUGACUGUACCUAGCAACUAGUUGCCAUUCUGAUCUGUAAAAUAUUAUUAUCUCUGUAUCCAAGCUUUGAACUAAAUUUCAAUCACUCUCGUUUAUUCGAAACCAAAAUUUAUUAAAGCUGAAUUUGUCUGCUGCGUUCAUGUGUUGAUUAAAAAGUGUUCUUAAUAGUAUAUGAAUUUUAAGAUGUCCCAUGAUUUCAAAAUAAUGAAUGAAAUUUUUUUAUUCCAUGCUUGCGAUUAGAUUUUUUAAUAACAUAUUUAUGUUGUCUUUUUAGAUGAAACUAUAGACAGUAAGAAAGUGAGAGCGAGAAUAAAGUAGCAGACUCCUGUCUUGAAGUUUCAUGAAGAUUUGAAAUCGUGCGAUGUCAUUUAAAAUAUCAUUAGGUCUUAAGAAACUAAUAAACAUUAUUUAAAAGUUCUGUAUAUCCUAUUAAUUUCACAAUUUCUUGUGAAAUUUCUGAAAAUUAUUUGAAGACGUAAUUAUACAACAUUUGACAUAUAUUGAGCUCUGUAAGAAUUCGACGAAGUUUUUUGUAGUUCCUUGAAGUCUUAAAAAUUUUCACAAAUCUAUUGAACCAAUGAAGCUAUAGUUUUCGAAAUACGUUGAGGUCUUAUACAAUUCUUUGAAACGUUGUAGUUGAGUUUCAAAACUUGAAUUUUUUAAGCAAACAAUUUGAAGACUCUUCAAAUUUCAUGAAGUCUUCAGCUCAAGAAAAUUUGCUAUUUUUCUCUCAAAGAAGAAUUUAAAUCAAAUAAUUUAUUACUUACUGUGACAGUCUAGAAAUUUAUGCAUAAGAUUAUUUAUUAUUUUCCUGCAUAUGAAUCAAAAAACCUAUUUAGGAAGUCUCUUAGAUAUCAAAACAAUGAUAUUUAUAAGCUUUCAAUGAAUGAAUGCUUUCAUUGAUUGGAUUUUUAACUUUAUAAUUUAUAUUCUUUAUUCAUAAGAGAGGAUUCUUUCACAUGGACGUUAAUUAACUAUGUAUGUUAUUUGUGGGAUCUGAAAAUCAAUGUGCUUGACAAAUAGACCCCAGCAUCAAUGUUGCUUUAACAUUUUCUGAGAGUCUCAAUCGUACCAAGGUGUGCUGCUCAGCUUUUAUAAAAUGGGCAUACUAUUACAAUCUGAAGGAUGCGUAAGAUUUUUGAACAAUAUUGUGUUUCUUCUUUUAGUUUUCCAUUGGAUUCUGGCUCUCAUUCUGAUGAAUGGGAAGAUAUUGACGAUAUCGAUGAUGAUGAUGCCAUUGAUGUUAAUGAAAAUUUAAUUGAUGCAGCUUCCAAUUUAAUAAGUGAUGAAGACGAAGAAGGUGAUGAUGAUGAUUCAAAUCAAAAUAAUGAUACAAGCCGUGAUGAUAGUAGUAGUGACGAGUUUGAAAGUAACUCUGAUGAUGAUAUUAGCUUCUCAUCACUUAUCAUCCAUGAUAAUAAAACAUCUUCUAUUGAUCAUUAUGAAUUACUCACGUCAAUAUUUCAUUUGAUGAAAAAAAUUAGAGCUGCAAUUAAAUUUAUUCGAAACCAUAAUAUUACCAAUGAAUAUGUUCUUAAACAAAUUAAAGCAAAAAAGAAUGCACAAAAUAUUGGUGGACAAAAAAUUGGUGGGCUUGUACUUGAUAUGAUGAUACGGUGGAAUAGUUCAUGUUUACUCCUUGAUCGUCUAGUAAUGCAUAAAGAUAUUGUUAAAAAUAUUUUUUCCUUUCCGAAUAACUUAAAUGAAUUGGCGGAAAAAGAAAAGAAAAAACUUCAUGAAUUAACAAUCAAGCAAAAUGAAUGGGAUAUGUUGGUUAACUUACAACAAGUUCUAGAGCCAUUUUCAGUGUCAACGACUAUACUUUCAGGGCAACAUUACCCAACAAUUGCUUCAUCAUUCCACAUUUGGCGUUUAUUAUUACGUUUUCUUAACACGACAUCAGAUGAUGAGCCUACAAUUGUAGCUUUAAAAGAAAGUCUUCGAUUUCAAUUCAAUUUGUACUGCAACAGUAAAUUACCACCAGGUCAAUUGGAAAUAAUGCAAAUUGCUGCAUUUUUGGAUCCUGUGAUAUACAAACUAUUAACUGAUGAUGAUCGAAAGUCGGCCAAGAAGGUCAUUUUCAAAAAACUUAAGAAUGUAGCUGCUAGCAGUAUCAUUAUACCAUCAUUUUCAACACAAAGAACAACUGCAAAUACAAGUAUUUCAAAUCCACUUCAAAAACUAGCGAUGAUAUGUGGUCAAGCAGUACCAGUUGCGACAACAACAGUAUCUACAAGAUCAAUGACACUUGAUGAAGAAAUUAGUGGUUAUAUCGAAGCAACACAAUCUGAUGUAAAUUUUCAAGAGUUCUGGGUAUCUCACGAAAAGUCAUUUCCACGACUUUCCCGUCUCGUGAGAAGAAUUAAUAUUAUUCCAGCUACAUCUGUUGCCAGUGAAGCAUUAUUUAGUACUGCUAGUUUUCUUAAUAGAAAACAUCGAUCGGCGCUAUCAUCUCGUACACUUCGAUACUUGCUAAUCUUAAAGAACCGUCAUCUUCUGGACAAACUUGAACAAAAAUAUUGA